AUGCUGUUAGAAGAUUUGCGCAAUACAAGGGAAGACCUCGAGCGUCUUGAGCAGGCUAUAGCCGAGCGCUCACUCGAAGACCCUAAACAUUCGCAAUCAAACCGCGCAGUCGACUUGUACAAAGACAAUGAUGGCAGCCGUCUACGCGAAAUCCAGUCAAUCUCUACUGGCGACACCUUCGACGAGUUCUACAAGCAACUGAACAACAUCAAAGACUUUCACAAGCGCUACCCGAACGAGCCUGUCGAGAACUUGGAGCGUGCCUACAAGCGCAGAGCUGUCGGCGAAGAUGCUCCCUUCCCUUCGGAGAUCGACACCAUGUUCACUGGAGAGGAAGCUUUUGGUCGUUAUUUUGACAUGAACGCGCUGCAUGAAGACUACAUCAAUUUGCCCGGCUCAAAGAGACGCAUCACAUACCUACAAUAUCUGGACACAUUCGACGAAUUUGAGGGCAUGCCUAGGCCGGACAAGCUGAAGGAUCAGUACUUCCAGUACCUAGGUAAUCUGGCUACAUACCUUGAGAGCUUCAUGCGUCGAAUCAAGCCUUUGGAGGAUUUGGACAGAUUAUUCAUCAGUUUCGACGAGGACUUCUUAAAAGCAUGGGAGAAGGACGAGAUUGCAGGCUGGCAACUCAACACAAAACCAACAACAGACGGACCCGCAACAGAAGGCACAGGCGAAGGCAUUUGGUGCCCAGAUUGCGAAAAGGAAUUCAAGAACGACAAUGUCUACAAAGCUCACUUGACAGGAAAGAAGCACAUCAAAAACGCAGAAGCAAGAAAACAACGCUCCGCAGACGGCGGAGUAACAUCCACAAACGGCAGCAGCAAUGCAGCAACCUCAGUUCACCGUCUAAAAGAGAAGGCCGUGGCUGAGCGCGAACACCGUAUUCGCAAACUUGCUGCCGCAAUGCAAACCGAACGCUCCGACACACGAGCCAACGUCGAACGCAAGCAAGGUAUGACCGACAAGGAACGUCAACAAGAACUCGCCGCCCUCUACGCCGAGACUAUGGACCUCCAAUCCGCCGACCCAGCCGCCAAUGACGCCGAAGAUCAAGACGAAGAAGGCAAAGUCUACAACCCGUUAAAACUGCCCUUGGGUUGGGAUGACAAGCCCAUUCCCUUCUGGCUGUACAAGCUCCACGGUCUGGGUGUCGAGUUCCCCUGCGAAAUCUGCGGCAACUACGUGUACAUGGGUAGAAGAGCAUUCGACAAGCACUUUGGCGAGGCCCGCCAUCUGUACGGCUUGAAGCGACUAGGCAUCACCAACUCGAGUAUGUUCAGAGAUGUCACAGGGAUCGAAGAAGCAACAGAGCUGUGGAGGAAAUUGCAACUUGAUAAGAAGCAAGAGUCUACGGCUAGCGAUCAGGUUGUGCAGAUGGAGGAUGGCGAGGGCAAUGUCAUGCCCGAAAAGGUGUACUAUGAUUUGCAGAAGCAGGGAUUGCUAUAG